CGAUUAUUUCUGCGUGAGUUCUGGCCCAUCGCCACUUUCCAGUCGGCACAGAGCAUCGCACGAUCGCUACACACGCCACACUCCUGCUCCAGCAUUCACACCGUGUUAAAAUGGCCAACAUUGCAAAAUUGUUUACUGUGCGCGCACAAACUUUGGUCCAGGCCGCCGCCCGUCAGCCACAAGUGGCGAUUCGCUUCAGCAGCACCUCUGCUAACUGGGAAUUCAUUAAGACCGAAGUGACGGGAGAGAAGAAAAAUGUCGCUGUUAUCACGUUGAACCGCCCCAAGGCAUUGAAUGCUUUGUGCAACGGUCUCAUGCAGGAGCUGUCCACAGCCCUGAAGGGAUACGGCAAGGACAGCAACAUCGCCGCCAUUGUUUUGACUGGCAGCGAGAAGGCCUUCGCAGCUGGCGCUGACAUCAAGGAAAUGGCACCCAACACAUACUCGCAGUGCAUUCAAGGCAACUUCCUCAACGACUGGACUGAGGUGGCCCGCACCCAGAAGCCAAUCAUUGCUGCUGUCAAUGGUUACGCCCUGGGCGGUGGCUGUGARCUGGCCAUGAUGUGUGACAUCAUCUAUGCCGGCGAGAAGGCCAAGUUUGGUCAGCCAGAAAUUGCAUUGGGCACCAUUCCCGGAGCAGGUGGCACCCAGCGCUUGACCCGCGUGGUUGGCAAAUCAAAGGCCAUGGAAAUGUGCCUCACCGGCAACAUGAUAAACGCCCAGGAGGCUGAGAAGGUCGGUCUGGUCAGCAAGGUUGUGCCAGCCGAUCAACUGGUCAGCGAGGCCAUCAAGCUGGGCGAGAAAAUCGGCACACACUCGAGUCUGAUUGUGCAACUGUGCAAGGAGGCGGUCAACACUGCCUACGAAACCACUCUGCAAGAGGGUCUCAAGUUUGAGCGUCGCACCUUCCAUGCUACAUUCUCGACGGCCGAUCGCAAGGAGGGCAUGCAAGCCUUCGUCGAGAAACGCCCUGCCAAUUUCAAGAACGAAUAGAUGGGGAAAAUUGAGAUAAUCCAAUUAAAAGCCAGCAAUGCAUUUAUGAAGUCGAUCAUGUUGUUUAUACGCAAAUAAAAUACACGUUAAAUAA